AUGUCAACUUCCCCAGACACCGCCACGACGGCGACUACGACAUCAGCGCCGCCUUGUCCCGAACAAGAGAAGUCGAAGACGACGCCGACAUCCGAUGACGAUAAAUCCGGGGAAGACAAGGCCGCUUCAUUGCCGCCUCUGUCUGCUGCCGAAUUCCGACAAUACAAUGCCAUGGCCGACCACAUGGACAUGUUUCACAACCACUUUCGCUCGACGUGGAAUCUGCUCUGGAGCGCAUGCGAGUCUGGGAAGCGGCCGGCGGGCAUGUCGCUGCGGGCGUUUAUCAACCAGGGCCUGCAGUUUGUGCACCACCUAGAGAUGCACCACGGGAUCGAGGAGGCGCACAUCUUCCCCGUGCUCGCCCGGCGCAUGCCCGAGUUCAAGGCCGGCAAGGGCAACGGCGCCGCCGAGCUCCUUCGCCAGCACCGACAGAUCCACAAGGGUAUGGACGGGCUCGAGGAGUAUCUCAAGGACGUUCAGGCCGGGCGCGAAGAGUUCAAUCUCGCGCGUCUCCGUGAGCGCAUGGAGAGCUGGUCGGAUGUCCUGUGGACGCACCUUGAUCAGGAGGUCAAGACACUUGGGGCAGAGAAUAUGAGAAAAUACUGGACGCUUGAAGAGAUGAAGCGAAUGCCCAUGUAA